AUGAAAAACGAACCCACAAUCCUGGAAAGCUGCUUUACUGUUGCUCCCUUGCCUUCUGCUUCAGACAUUAUCCGGACCAUCCGGGACCCGGAGAAGCCCAACACUCUGGAAGAACUGGAAGUGGUGACAGAAGGUGGUGUGGAGGUGCAGGAGAUAGGAGAGGAGGAGUAUCUGGUCACCAUCAGGUUUACACCAACAGUACCUCAUUGCUCCUUGGCCACUCUCAUCGGCCUUUGUUUAAGAAUAAAACUUCAGAGAUGUUUGCCUUUUAGACACAAGCUGGAAAUCUAUAUAUCUGAGGGCACACAUUCCACCGAAGAGGACAUCAACAAGCAGAUCAACGACAAGGAGCGCGUGGCGGCGGCGAUGGAGAACCCGACGCUGCGGGAGAUCGUGGAGCAGUGUGUCACCGAGCCCGAGUAGGAGCCUGGGCAGCUCCUCACAGCACCUCUGCCUACAGAAAAAAUGAUGAUAAUCAAGGCCUUGAGUUCAAUACUUGAGUUCUUUAUACCUUCCACGUGUUUUCUAAAAACAAAUUGUUUAUAAGAUAGAUUUAAAUGAAGUGUAUAGUGCCGAGAGCUUGGAAUUUCUGCUGUCCAGAGGAAUAUUUUGUGAUUAAAAGCAACACGUCCGCAUUGCCUUCUGAGAGACAUUGUGAUAUAAAUACAGUUUUGCAAGUUAAAUUUCUACAUUGUUUCAGUCACUGCACUGUAAAAAAUAAAACAGAUUCUUGUAAUGAAA